UUAUUAAAUAAUUUGUUAAUAAAAAAAAGCAAUUAAAAAAAUGACGAAAUUAUUGGUAACAUUGGCAAUUAUUUGUGCUUUUUGUGCUUUCACUGUUAAGGGAUUCGAUAAGGAAGCAAUAGAAGAAUUUAUGGCUUUUACGGAUGUUUGCAAAGCAGAAAUUGAUGCCAAGGACUGUUAGUAUUAUAUACAUAAAUAUGUAGUAAAUUGAGAGAAAAUUAAUAGGCAGUCACAAGAAAAAUAUUAAUAAUAUUUUAUGUGUAAUUUUAAGCCGAUGAUGGGCAAAAAACCAGCCUCUACAAUAGAAGGUAAAAGUUUACGUUCCUGUGUCAUGAAAAAAUAUGAAGUGAUGGAUAAUAAUGGUAAGUUUCUAAAGGAUAUUGCCUUGACAUAUGCCAAAAGAUACACUGAUGCCCCAGAGGAUAAAAUCAAAAUUGCUCAAGAAAUAAUUGAUACAUGUGGUGCUAUUGCAGUUGAUGAUGACCAUUGUGAAGCUGCCGAACAGUAUGCCAAAUGUUUUAGUGAGCAAGCCAAGGCUCAUAACGUUGAAGAUGAUUUUGAUUAUUUAAAAGAAACAGUUUAG